AUGCGUCCCGCUCUCAUCAUGUCUCUCCCUCUGCUUCUAUUCUUCAUUCAGUUCUUGAGUCCGUCUCUCCAGCAGUUUCCUCGGCCGUGCGCCACAGCGGACGCCCUGCAGAGCAAACGCUGCUGUCCGGUCUGGUCGGGUGACGGUUCGGUAUGUGGCGUCCUUUCAGGUCGAGGUUUCUGCCAGGACGCCACGGUCUCUGAUCUUCCCAACGGGCCGCAGUAUCCUCAUUCGGGUGUGGAUGACCGUGAACGCUGGCCUCUGGUGUUUUACAACCAAACCUGCCAGUGUGCGGGCAACUAUAUGGGGUUCGACUGUGGCGAGUGCAAGUUUGGUUACUUUGGAGCCAACUGUGGGGAAAGACGGGAGUCGGUGCGCAGAAACAUCUUCCAAUUAUCCGUCGCUGAAAGGCAAAGAUUCAUCUCGUAUCUCAAUCUUGCUAAAACUACAAUAAGCCCUGAUUAUGUGAUUGUGACGGGCACGUACGCGCAGAUGAACAAUGGCACGACGCCCAUGUUCGCCAACAUCAGCGUGUACGACCUGUUCGUCUGGAUGCACUAUUACGUGUCCCGUGACGCGCUGCUCGGCGGACCCGGGAACGUGUGGGCCGACAUUGAUUUUGCGCACGAGUCGGCUGCGUUUUUGCCUUGGCAUCGCGUUUACCUGCUGUUCUGGGAGCACGAGAUCCGGAAGCUUACUGGUGAUUUUAACUUCACCAUCCCGUACUGGGAUUGGCGCGAUGCGCAGGACUGUCAGGUGUGUACGGAUGAGCUGAUGGGUGGACGCAGUCCUCUCAAUCCCAACCUGAUCAGCCCGUCAUCGGUGUUCUCAUCCUGGAAGGUGGUCUGUUCACAACCCGAAGACUACAACCAGCGUGAGGUUUUGUGUGACGGCUCUCCAGAGGGACCGUUACUGCGUAAUCCAGGUAACCACGACCGAAACCGUGUCCCGCGUCUGCCCACCUCCUCAGACGUGGAGUCGGUGGUGAGCCUGACAGAGUACGAGACGGGCCUGAUGGACAGACGAGCCAACAUGAGCUUCAGGAACGCUCUGGAAGGUUUUGCAAGUCCGGAGACGGGGUUGGCGGUAACGGGUCGGAGCUUGAUGCACAACUCCUUACACGUCUUCAUGAACGGAUCCAUGUCUUCAGUGCAGGGAUCUGCCAAUGACCCCAUCUUCCUUAUACAUCACGCCUUUAUCGACAGCAUCUUUGAGCAAUGGCUAAGGAGACACCAGCCUCCCCGCUCGCACUACCCGACCGCCAACGCCCCGAUCGGACACAACGACGGCUAUUACAUGGUCCCCUUCAUCCCCCUCUACAGAAACGGAGAUUAUUUCCUCUCCACUAAAGCUCUGGGUUAUGAAUAUGCAUAUUUACAGGACCCAAGUCAGCGGUUUGUGCAAGAGUUUCUGACGCCGUAUCUAGAGCAAGCUCAGCAGAUCUGGCGCUGGCUGCUGGCCGCGGGGAUCAUCGGGGCGGCCGUGGCAGGAAUUAUCGCAACAAUUAUCGCCGUGGCGUGCCGCAGACGGCCGAAGAGGCGAAAGUCGUACGGGGAGAGACAGCCGCUCCUGAACAGCAGCGAAGAGGAGGGAUCGGCUUCAUAUCAGACUACACUGUGAAUCAGAGCGUAAACCUACAGACACGUGUCAGCGAGGACAGAGACACCGCACAGAUGGGAAAAAGACACAACAGCCAGUUAACCCAGGUCAUGUGACUAAUGGGACACAGUCUCGCUUCUAAACUGGAGUCGUGCAACAAGCUCUGCGUUCAGAAUCUUGCUACAGUAUGCAUACUGUACACUACAUACAUUACUGCUCAAAAGUUUGGGGUCAGUAAGAGUUUAGUCAGCGAAGAUGCAUUAAUUUAAUCAAAAGUUAUUUGUCAAUUUUGAAAAUAUGUGCUGUUCUUUUGAACUUUUUGUUCUUUAAAGAGUCCUGAAAUUAAAAAAGUAUCAUGAAUUCCAUAAAAAUAUGAAGCAGCACAAUUGUUUUCAACAUUGAUAAUGAUCAGAAAUGUUUCUUGAGCAGCAAAUCAGCAUAUUAGAAUAAUUUCAGAAGGAUCAUGUGACACUGAAGAGUAAUGAUGCUAAAAAUUCAGCUUUUUUAACAUUUUACAAUAUAUUCACACAGAAAACAGUUAUUUUAAAUUGUAAAAAUAUUUCAUAAUUUUCCUUCUUUUGCUGUAUUAUAUACACACACAUACAUACACUCUUACAUUAAAUGUUCCA